AUCCUACACAUGAAACCACAUCUUGACCCAUGACAUAGUGACGGUAUCCGGUUCAAACUUUAGUUUUUUUUAAGUUAAGGGUAAAACCAGUACAAGACAAUCUGGAGAGUGUCACCGGCAAGAAAAUCAUGUCGCUUGCCAACCUUUGCCAGAGAUUUUCACGGAUGAUGACAACCACCAACUUAAAAACAACACAUAAAUUUGUAACAAAUUCUUCACCAUUGGUGAACCAUGCAGUAGAACCACGACCGGGAGGCUCCCUUAUUUUACAGAGGUUCGAGACCCUUAAUCAGAUGCACAGACGAGGAGGCCCCAUACAGCCCAAGAUAAAGAAACCAAAUAAAUAUCUGUGUGGUAAUGCCUAUAAAAGAGGUGUUGUAUUGAAGCUUGUCAUCAAAAAGCCAAAGAAACCCAAUUCUGCUCAGCGAAAAUGUGUGCGUUUAAAACUAAGCAAUGGGAAAGAGGCGACUGCUUAUAUUCCAGGCGAGGGACAUAAUUUACAGGAACACAGCAUAGUGUUGGUGAGAGGAGGCCGACUUCAGGAUGUACCUGGAGUAAACUUGCAGUGUGUACGGGGGAAAUAUGACUUAGCACAUGUCAAAAAGAAAUGAAAUGUAGAGAAUUUUAUGAUUAAAAACUAUAUGCUGACAUUAAAAUUGAAAUCGAACCAAAUGAAAGUUAAAUUAUU